AUGAAAGCGAUAGAGCGCUUCAGGGCCUGGUGUAGGAAAGUGAAUGGCCUAGGCCAGGUGCACAGCGAGGCCACGGGCGACACCACCGCCACCAGCACCUCGGAGCAGUCACUGCAGUCGCAUUCGUCCGCCGGACGGCCGGUCAGCACUGGCCCCGAGGGGGACAAGAGUCGCGAGGUCAAACAGCGGGGCUGCCAACCGCCGGGCCAGGGGCGCCCCCAGGUGGCGCAGGCGCAGGUGCUGCCGCCGCAGCCGCAGGCACACGCGCAGCAUCCGCAGCGGCAGUCCAGGGAGCACGGCCAGCCGCAGCAGCAUCGGAGCACGCACCAGAAGAAAGGGGGGAUGUCGCGAUCAAGCGUGGAGCCGCGGGAUUUCUUCACCGAGUGCGGCGAGAGCAGCCGGUACCAGAUAAAGGAAAUAAUCGGGAAGGGCAGCUACGGAGUGGUGUGCUCCGCGGUGGACAAGCUGACAGGGGAGAAAGUGGCCAUCAAGAAAAUUACCAACGUCUUCGACCACGUCUCCGAUGCCACCCGCAUCCUCCGUGAGAUCAAGCUGCUGCGCAUGCUGCGGCACAACGACAUUGUGGAAAUCAAGCACAUCAUGCUGCCCCCAAGCGCCCGCGAGUUCAAGGACAUAUAUGUGGUGUUUGAGCUGAUGGAGACCGACUUGCACCAGGUGAUCAAGGCCAACGACGACCUGACUCCAGACCACCACCAGUUCUUCCUGUACCAGAUGCUGAGGGGCUUGAAGUACAUACACUCAGCCCGAGUAUUCCACAGGGACCUGAAGCCCAAGAACAUCCUGGCCAACUCUGACUGCAAGCUCAAGAUCUGUGACUUUGGGUUGGCACGACCCGCCUUCAACGACAUGCCCACAACAAUCUUCUGGACCGACUAUGUGGCAACGAGGUGGUACCGUGCGCCAGAGCUGUGUGGCUCCUUCUUUGCCAAGUAUUCUCCAGCCAUUGACAUUUGGAGCGUGGGGUGCAUCUUUGCUGAGGUGCUGCUGGGGAAGCCAUUGUUCCCCGGGCGAAAUGUGGUGCACCAGCUGGAGUUGAUAACAGAGCUCCUUGGGACACCUUCCGCAGAGGUGGUUUCUAAGGUGAAGAACGAGAAGGCCCGACGCUUCCUGAGCAGUAUGCGCAAAAAGCCCGGCGUCCCUUUUGAGACACACUUCCCCAGAGCGGACAAGGGUGCCCUUCGGCUGCUGAAGCGCAUGCUCGCCUUCGACCCCUCCGAGCGUCCCACCUCUGAGGAAGCCCUAGCAGACCCCUACUUCCAUGGGCUCGCCUCUGCUGCAAGGGAGCCCUGUGCAACUCCGGUCAGUAAGCUUGCGUUCGACUUCGAGCGAAGGAAGCUCAACGUGGAUGAGGUCCGCGAAUUGAUUUACAGGGAGGUCCUGGAGUACCACCCGCAGGUGCUGUCAGAGUAUCUGGCAGGCAGCACACCGAUGAGCUACAUGUACCCCAGCGCUGUGGACAACUUCAAGCGCCAGUUUGCGCACUUGGAGUCGGGGAUGCCACUACCCCGGGGAUCCACCAGGUUGGGCCAUGCGGCCUCCAUGCCCAGGGAGCGCGUGUUGGAGUACCAUGGCGAGGUGUCCAAGUACAUGCACGCCCACGGCAGGGGCCACGACGACAAGGACAAGAGCCACGUAGUGGACCACUUGGGUUCCUCUGUUCGCAAUAUGACAGUGGCCGAGCAUCCACAUGCGAUGGCCUACCACCCCACUGGACACUAUGCCCAUAGCUCCGCUCUUCGAUCCAACAGCUUUCAUAGCUGA